GCGUCGUAUGAUGCUUUGAAUCACUCUAUUUUGUAACACACCCACACCCUGAAGAUAAAUCAUUUCAUUUCAUUGUCUUUUAGUUAGUCGUCUUGCAUCUCAUGAACUCGCUCGACGUCAACAUGGAGUUUAUACUUUCGAUGCACUGAUGCUGAUGAAUAAGUACAAUUAUUCCGAUGGAUUUAGUUUAUCUGAACAAGAUGCUGAUGAAUUAGCUUCACGAUUACAGAGUGAUGUUGCUCUAAAAGAACCAACACUCAAUUCGAAACAAAUGGCUAUGGCAUUGGAAUUCUAUUUACAAAUCGAUGUGGAUUUAUUCUAUAUGAAAACUUGUUCGUUUCGAGGAGCUCAACCUCCAUCUAAUAUAGAAGGUCUAUUUUGUGGAAGAGAUGAACCUCAAGCAAGAUAUUCAUUGGUUCCAUGUGAUAAUCUUUUUUGUCAAUGUUGUCUUCCAUUAAAUACUUACAAGAAAAGUCAAUCAUGGCCAAUUGUUAAUUUUGCUUCAAGUUCAAUGCAUCGAUUUCUCAAUGGUUAUACUACCUAUCUCAAUUGUCCAGCAACAUGUACUACAUCGAAUAUAAUUUAUGCCAUGACAUGUCCAUGUGGUCAUUAUGAUUAUGUUGAUUCAACAGCAAAAACAUUGGUUGAUGCUAUGGCUUAUCAUCGAGAACAUGGCAAUCGAAUUAUACAUGAAAAAUUAACUGGCAGUCCUCUAUUUCGAGGAUCACAAAUCGAUCCUGACGAGAGAGAAAAAGAAAUGGCUAAUCAAAUGCGUCUCUAUCAACAUGCAGCUCGUUGUCCAGAAGCACUCCGCUCAUUUCUUGAUUGUAAUCCUAUGUAUUGGUGUUUUAUUCCUCUACCUGUGAAUGAAGCAGCAACAGAAAAUGCUGCUAAUCGUCCAGGAAAUUCUACUACAGAUCCCAAUCUGGAUGCUGUGAUAGCAACUACUGCCGCAGACAAUCGUAGGGUGGCUAAUUAUCUAGAUAAUGUACCAUUACCACCAACUCCCUAUGCCUUCUCAUAUCGACAGAUAAAACAACAGCGUCUAUUUUUCGAACGACUUGUUACUUCUUCCAUUCAUUACCGGCCUUAUAUCAAAUUAGAUUUGUAUAACAUAGCAAUCAUUGCCGUUUUACCAAAUGAUUGUUCUAUGAUACUACGAUACAUCAUCGAAACAUUAUUCAUUAUUCAUGGUGAAACUAAAUUAAAUAUGAUUUGUCCACUUGGUGGUAAUACUGAAAAACGUUACGGUCGUCCGUAUAACCUACAUUGGUGUGAUAAUUUGAAUAAUUCAUCAAUGUAA